ACUUACUGUAUGACCAUAGGUGUUCUCUAUAAGGUUGGACAGAGGAAUAUGUGUCUUGUUCUUUCAUGCCAAAGAAGCUUGCUACAUAAGAAUCUGAUUUUAGAAGAAAUUUUGGGACAAAAGAAGCUUUACUUGUCUUUAUCUAUUUUCUUUCUUCAACAUAGAAAUCAGAAAUAGUGUGAAGCUUCUGCUUCAUUCUAUCUCCCUCUUUAUCUCUGGUUAUCUUCUUCCUCAGAAGAGGAAAGGAAGGGUAUGAACGAGUUGAACAGUGGAAGAGCAAAGCAAAUGCCAUGGAACAAUGUGUACAGUAGUAGUGAGUCUCUUGACAAGGAAGGUCCAUGGAAAAGCUUGGGCUCAUCCAUGAAUGCCAUCUCUUUCGGAUUUGUGGCAACAGCCAUCUUGAUUUCGAUGUUUCUCAUAAUGGCUAUUUUCGAGCAUCUAUUCAGACCGUCGUCCCACCAUGACUCUUCUACGCAGACGGAAUCAACACAAUUGCACAAGCUUGAGCCCCCUCAUCACCCAGUACAGACAUCAUAUGCAUCAGAUUUCUCAGUGGUGAUGCCAGGACAGGAGUAUCCUAGCUUUAUUGCUCAACCUGCUCCUCUGCCAAGGGAAGGAGUGAUUUGGCUCUCCCACUCCCACUCCCACUCUCUCUCUCAUCCCACCAACCAAUAAAGCUUACUUCAGUUUGGCAUCUUUUGUACACACCACUUGAUUUAAUGGCUUACAAAUUUUGAUUGCACCACACAAA